AUGGCGGAACAGACAGAGAAGGCGUUCUUGAAACAGCCCAAGGUUUUCCUUUGCUCGAAGAAGACAGGAAAGGGAAAGAGGCCAGGAAAGGGAGGCAACCGAUACUGGAAAAGCGUUGGGCUAGGAUUCAAGACUCCUCGCGAGGCUAUUGAAGGCACAUAUAUCGACAAGAAAUGUCCCUUCACAGGCGAUGUGUCCAUCAGAGGCCGUAUUCUUGCUGGGACAUGCCACAGUGCCAAGAUGAUGAGAACAAUCAUUGUUCGUCGUAACUACUUGCAUUGGGUUAAGAAGUACCGGAGAUACGAAAAGAGGCAUUCAAACAUUCCAGCACACAUAUCCCCAUGCUUCCGUGUGAGAGAGGGCGAUCACGUUACUAUUGGCCAGUGCAGGCCUUUAUCAAAAACGGUUAGAUUCAAUGUUCUUAAGGUGAUACCAGCUGGCUCGUCUGGUCUCGGCAAGAAAGCAUUUACAGGGAUGUGA